AUGUUGUUCCGCCGAACGCAUCGAAAGACUUGGUGGGCAUAUGCACACCGCUGGCAGAGCCGCAUUAUGCUUGUUCUGGGGGUUGUCAAUGGGGGUAUAGGGUACAAUCUUAGCCGGUCUGGGGGUUCUCCCGGUGUAUUUGUCGCCUAUGGAGUGGUGGCUGCGCUUGUCUACGCCUUGUACUUUUCGAUCAUUGCCUUCAAGGCAAUUAGGCAGCGACGAGCCUCCCGUGGAGAUAAAGCUCUUCCUGCGGAGGGAGCGGGGCUUACGGAGACGGAAGAGCAUACUCUAACGGGGAUACCUACGCACAACUCCGUGUCAACCUAA